AUAUAUAGCAGAGGGGAACGCGAGGUGAACUCGAUGAACAACUCCAAACACAUACUCCAGCUAACGCCUUAGUCUGCCUCAGUCAGACUAAGUUUGACUGUACACAAAGUGACUAAGCUUACAAUUGUUUAGAAUAGUUCAACGCUAUUUUUUAAUAUAUAUAUAUAUUAUUAAAAUAAUCAAUUUUUGAUUUGUUUUUAUUUUGUAUCUAUAAUAUUAAUAUAAUUUUUUAAAAAUGGUUGCAAAAGAUACGAAAAAAGAGCUGACAACGGAGUCAAUAAACCCAUACGGGAAGCCGCCCAAUCAAACUAAGGCUCAAUCAAUUAAAAAAUUUAUUUACAAUUCAGAAACAGGUGCAUUUAUGGGAAGGACAGCAAGUAGUUGGGGUAAAAUUGGACUUUUUUAUUUGAUAUUUUAUGGUGUACUAGCUGCACUAGUUGCUGUUUGUUUUUGGGGAUUCUUCCAGACAUUAGAUCCACGUAUUCCAAAAUGGCAACUUGAACGUUCAAUUAUUGGCACAAACCCUGGUUUGGGAUUCCGUCCAAUGCCACCAGCAGAAAAUGUUGAGAGUACUUUAAUUUGGUUCAAAGGAAGUGAUAGAGACAAUUACAAAUACUGGGUAAAUUCAUUGGUGAAAUUUUUAGAAGAAUACAAAAAACCUGGUUCAACACCUGGUAGAGGUGCAAAUAUAAAAGAUUGUGAUUACACUAGACUUCCAGGACCUGGACAAGUUUGUGUUGUUGAUACACGUGGAUUAGGUACAUGUACAGAAGAAGAUUUCUUUGGUUAUCACAAAUCAAGUCCAUGUGUAUUUUUAAAAUUAAAUAAAAUUUAUGGAUGGAAACCAGAAUUUUUCAAUACAACUGAAAGUUUACCAGAUAAAAUGCCAACAUCUCUUAAAAGUCAUAUUAAUAGUUUAAAAGCAUCAAAUCCACGUGCAUUAAAUACAAUUUGGGUAUCAUGUGAAGGUGAAAAUCCAGCUGAUCAAGAAAAUAUUGGACCAAUUAAAUAUAUGCCAUAUCAAGGCUUUCCAGGAUUUUAUUAUCCUUAUGAAAAUUCAGAGGGUUAUCUUAGUCCAUUAGUUGCUGUUCAAUUUGAACGUCCUCGAACUGGAAUAUUAAUUAAUAUUGAAUGUAAGGCAUGGGCCAAAAAUAUUAGACACAAUAGACAUGAAAAAGUAGGAUCAGUACAUUUUGAAAUUUUAGUUGAUUAAAGCUAAAGAUAAUUUAUAGCUUCAGUUUUAUUGUCUAUCAUUGUAGAUAAAUAUUUUUAGAUUGUGCAAAAAAAAAAAAAAAAAUAAAUACAAAAAAAAAAAGGUAGUUUUUUCGAUAAUCCAAACAUUAUUCGCAAAAAUAUCAUUAGAAAAUUUUGAAUAUAGUUAAUGGCAAUUAAGAGUUUGUUAAAUAACAUUUGAAUUUAAAAAAAAAUCGAUAAUAUUUAAUAAAUAUUUAUCAAUGAAAGAUGAUUUUUUGAAAAUUAAUUUGUCUUUUUUAUAAAUUUCAACUAUCACAGGUGUUUUACUGAUAGAUAAAUUCUCUGUCUUGUAAAACAUCAUGUAAAUUAUCAUCUCAAAAAAUAAAAGAGUUGACUGUUAUUUAAGAUGAAAUAAAUUGUCGAAUAAACAUGCCAUAACUUGCAUCAAGCUUUUGUAAAGCUUUUUUAUAAUAAUUGUGUUGAUCAUUCGUAUUGUUAUAUAUUUUACUUGAUGUUUCAAGUAAAAUUAUUACGUACUAUAAAUUUAAAACAAGACAAAAACUACACACACAAUCUCGAAGUAGUUAAUAAUGCAAAAAUAAAAUAAAACUACCGUUUUAAUGCAAUUGGUAAUUAUUAAAAAAAAUUCAUUUGAACACUUCUACAUAAAUAUUCAACUAUUAAAUAAUCAAUACAUUCAUAUAUUAAAAUUUUCUAUCGAAAAAAACAUAACUCCAAUUGCAUAUAGUAAAUGGAAAAAAUCUGAGUCAAUUUUUUAAAAUUAAACAUUAAUUUUUAUAACUCAAACUAUGUUUAUUAAAGAAUAAUAUUAAUAAUUUAUUGAUCGAUACCAAUGAAUAGUUAAAAAAAUAUAAAAAAAAUACAUUUACUUCCAAAAAUUUGAACUGAUUAAUUGUAUAGCUAAUAAUAUAGCUUUAAAAUUGUCAAUCAUCAUUUUUAAUUACUGACCAAAUUAAAAAUCAUGUACGAAAAAUAUACAAGUUCAUUUUUUUUUUUUUCUCAGAGCCAAAAUUUAUUACAGUGUAAUUAAUAUUCACGUAAAACUAGUCUAUUAUCGUACAAAAAAUAAAUUUAUAACGAAAAAAAAAAAACGAAAUGAAUUGAUUAAUCCAAAUCAGAUGAUUGUUCACGGGUAAAAAAAAAAAAAUACAAAGGUUGAGGAGGCUCAGGUCUACACAAAUUAGAAAAGCAAAAAGAAAAAAAAACAAUAUUUAAAUCGAAAAAAAAAAAAACAAA